AUGUUCAAACGCGCUGGCAGGGGACACGAGGACGGCGGUAUUGCUGGGACACCGCCUGGAGGAGCAGCCAUCCAAUGUCCCGCCUGUCCGAACUUCGACCGAAAUGUCCCCAAGAAUUGGGCAUCUCUCCCGUUCCGGUUUCUCUAUGGUCUGACGGUGUGUCUAGAUGCGAACUUCCGUCUGGUCAACAAGUUCACCCGCUCCACCACUCAGACGGAUCCGAACUUGACAGACGGAAGAGCGUAUAUGGCACCCAGGGAGGAUUUCGAGGCAUAUCUUUGUGAAACAGACAAACGCGUCGCUGAAGAGCGAAGCACUUGUUCGCGCUUUGGUGCGCUAUUUCUCGCCGAUAAGAAGGGUGGGAAAGGUUUACGUACGACGGGUAUCGCCGGCUGCUUCUGCGCACGGCAUGAAUUUGUGAUGCCUCUCGGGCUGGCUACCUUACGGUUUGGAGAGAGAUUCAAUGUCAUGGACUAUGUCCUCUGCGGCGCACUUUCGUACGUAAAGGCCGCAUCAGUCACCGUGUCCUACGACGUCGCUUGUCAGUACUGCAAGAAGCUGCCUGAUCGCUUACGCAAGAUACGAAUGGGACGCGUGGUAUGGGCAGGGGCACAGCGCUUCUUCGAACUAGCCAGUGUCGGCGCCGUCAAUUAUGUUGUGCCAAAGUUUCACCUCUACGCGCACAAAGUCUGGUGUCAGAUACGGCUCGCCUUUCUGUGGCUGCGCGGCACAGGCUUGACCGACGGAGAGACGCCGGAGCGGGUUUGGUCGGGCGCCAAUCCUGCGGCACCAGCCUUGCGCGAAAUGGGUCCUGGCGGCAUGAGUGACAUGAUGGACGACAUGGCAGGCUCCUGGAACUGGCAGAAAACCUGUGGGAUUGCUGACUCACUCAUCCAACGUAUGGAUCGCGCACUCGAUGAAGGCACCACGCAGACCGGUAUCUUCACCGAGUUCACGGAGGCGUUAGAAUAUCAGGACGCUAGAAGGGUGCAAGCGGAACGCGAACGCAUCGCCCUUUGGGAGGCCUGCAAUCAGCUCAAAACAUCGGAUAGGUGUUGUCCCUAUUAUGUUGUACAGCAAAGACAAACCAUCAAGCAAAUCACGCUCUUGACGAAGCUAGACAGAAAGGCCACUGCGCAGGCGACGGCGACGGACGGUGAAUAUAGCUCAAACGAGUUAGCGAACUUCUUGCUGCGAGGCCUUAGGAUCGAAGACGAAAGGGACCGUAUUUCUUCCAAGUACCAGCUUGAUGGAGGGCCUACAUCAGAAGCUAUCAGCCGGACGAACGCCAUCAACGCACUUGCUCUCGAGAUCAACCGUUUCCGCCAGGAUCAGGAACGUGUGAUGCCAUCCACGUACGCCGCGCUCACUCCGGAACAGCGCGAUGUCGAGCGAGAUACGGCGCUGACGGUGGACCUCUACAUGCCGUCCAGCCCUCCUAGUGGCGAUCAGUCGCUCACCACACAAGCAGCACGCGCAAUCGAGGCAAAGCUAAGAUUUGCUGCAAUGGGCGACGAACGGGAGAACCUGCAACAACAAUUACGCUUGAAAGGGUGUCUUUACAGGUUCAGACGCGCCAACAUCCGAGGUCAGCGAGCAUCAACUCGUGCGCUCAGCACACAGGAGGCCAUAGAAGGGGAGAUUCAGAGGGCCGCAGAUGCCUAUCGGCGCCAUCGCGUGAAAUACGCGGCGCUGGAAGGACCUGGGAAGUGGCAAGACGAGAUGCGCGAGUUGCUCGACUCAGACUGUCGUCCUCUAGGAGAUCGGAUGAUCGAACAGAUGGACAAGAUGUCUGAGUACAAUGCCAAGAAGUACCUGACAUUCAGAAAAGGCGGGGAGACGUCAGGAGAUACUCAUCACCAAGUUUCAUGGAUUUGGUACAACACAAAUCUGGACUCGGGAUCGCAUAUGUCAGCCGAGCUCAUGGUGGAAUGGAGCAAAUGCCGUGCCCGCGCUAUUCAUUGGGUCGAGGAAGUGCGAUUACUCGACGCAGAGAUGCAGCGUGUUCUGGACUUCAACGAUUCGGUGGCUCUCGACUGGGAUAGGCGCAAGACUCCAACACUCAAGUCAGCGCUCGGCGUUGGACAGCCGAGCUGGGCUCGAGACGCUGCUUAUUUCGACGGCCUUCGCGCUUACGCCUCCAAGCAGGCGCACAUUCGGCGUGCGCAAGCGGCCAAGUGGCGCGAACAGUUUGCGCAGUACCGAAAGGAUGCUGAGAGAUUUCUAGCAGUCCAUACCUCGGAAGGUCUAUCCAUAGAACCGCUCACGAUGCUCUCUCCGGAAGAGGUGAAGGACAUGAUGAUGCGUACUAGUCGGAGGAAGGUCAAACUCGCGAAGGCCAAACGCGCACGACGCGUGGUCACAGACGAGGGUGAACUCAUACAUAAAGAAGACCUGGAGGAGGACACCGCGGACGAGAGGGAUGUCUCGGAACCCUUGCCGCCAUCAGUGGGUGUUGUUAAGAAGGGCAAGAAGGGCAAGAAGGGCGGGAAGGGCGGGAAGGGCGGGAAGGGCAAGACCGGAGCGGACAUGAACGAACAGGCGGCCGUGGCUACUGGUUAG